AUGGAAGCGAGCUCAACAGCAAAUGAGCAGACCGCGCUGCUCGGGGAGGAUAGGCUCUGUCGGCAUGGAGAAGAGCGGCAGGAAUGCGCUGGCGGUGGUGAUGAACAGGAUGCGAAGGACAAUCGGCUGAUCACAACAUGCCGUCUUGCGGCCGCAUACUACAGCUUUGUUGUCGUAGGAGCUUGGGACGGAUCGUACGGUCUCCGAGAGUCUUACUCCCUCUCCUACCUCACCGUAUCCUUCGCCCUCCUCGCUCCCGUCGUCGGCUACACCAUCUCCGCCUUUCUCACCAGCACGAUUCAUAACCGCCUCGGCUACCGCGGCAUCGCACUGAUCGCAUCAGGAUGCCACUGCAUUGCAGCCUUCUCCGCCGGGCUAAAUCCACCAUACCCUCUGCUCGUGGUCAUCUUCAUGCUCGCCGGCUUAGGCAACGGAAUUGCCGAUGCAUCGUGGAACUCCUGGAUUGGCAGCAUGCCCCGCGGGAAUGGACUGAUGGGGCUUCUACACGGUUUCUAUGGAAUUGGAGCGGCCUGCUCGCCGGCGUUAGCCGCCGUACUGCUUGAGCGGGCGGGUCUGAAUUGGACCAUGUUCUAUCGGCUUUUGGGGGUUGUUUCAUUACUGGAGCUUUUCGUGGUUUCGAUGGCGUUCUGGGGAGCUGGCAGCAAAGCCGCAAAGUCGGAAGCCGCCGAGCCGCAUGCGAGUAGUUCUAUUUUCCAGACUUUCGGGUAUCCGUCGACAUGGAUCAUCAGCAUGUUCGUCUUCCUAUACGCUGCGACCGAGAUCUCCCUGGCGGACUGGAUAUCAUCCUACCUCAUCGAUGUUCGUGGCUUCGGUCGGCCGACUGGUAAUAGUCUCACCGCUGGCUACUGGAUUGGACUGACACUAGGACGAGUGGUGGUGGGCUUCCUCGCGUCGAGGAUGGACUGGGGGAAAGCCACAGUCACGGGAUGCUCCAUUUUGUGCUACUUUGCGUGUUUCUUCUUCGUCCUGGUUUCGGAUACUGGUCUUUGCGCACUCGGCAUUGCUAUGAUUGGCUUCUUCCUCGGACCGUUGUUCCCAGAGGCGGUAGUCAUGCAAGCUAGGCUUUUGCCGAAGCAGAUACAAUUGGCAGCAAUCGGGUUUGCUGUUGCUUUUGGCAGUGCAGGCGGGAGUGUGGGUCCUUUUUUGGUGGGCAUCGCGGCUGAUCAGCAGGGCAUAGUGGUACUGCAAUGGUUUGUCCUUGGAAUGCUUGGUGGCUGUGUCCUGUGUUGGCUAGCUCUUCCUCGACCUGACGUUAAGGAUAGUGCAUACAAAGAGGCAGACAACAGGACUGAUCUAUAG